CGCAACAACCCAUUGGGAUAUAUGAUAUCCUGGCGGGAUUUUAUGAGAAGACAACAAAAUUAUUAGAUCCGAUACUGGCGCUCAGGUUGAGAGUUGUUGAGAAAAAAAUAUGCGAUUUGCAUUCUUCUUUUUCCUUUCUGCUUUCUGAUCCCAAUUCCGACGAUUUCUUUUUCCCUCUGAUUGAUUUUUCCCUCGAGUUAGUUGUCGAGACCUUGUCGCCUUGAGCCCUUGACUCUUGCACCGAUUGAGAGUUGAGACCUGAUCGAUUUUCCCUCUGAUUUCUGAUCCAGCCAAAUAUCCCUCAGUCCAUUCUUAUUUCUGAUUCUAAAUACCCCUCUGAUUUAUAUAUCUUUCUGAAAUCAGUUCGAGAAUCUGAGAAUUCAAAGACGCAAAGCACGCAAUUGAUUUAUGAAUCUGUCUACCAGCAUUAUAGAACAGGAAGUACUUGCGAAUGGCGCCAAUUUUUAUUACGUGAAUGGUUCCCGCCACCGGCCACCGGCUCACGCCACCCUGAUGUUCUUUCAAUUUCACUUUGCAAACGUUGAUAUGCAGCAUAUGCAUGCCUGUGAAUUUCACGAAAAGAAAAAAACAGAGUGAAUCAAUUCAGAGAAUAUAUCGCCACCUUUCCAUUCUCCCUUUUCCUUGGCUUCAGAAAAUCUGUAAGGAAAACGAGGACGAGUUUGGAGGAUAGCUAGUUAUGAUGGGGGUUGAAUUGGACAAAAAGUACGCUAUCAUUGCAAUCAAAGCUUGUUAUAGAUCAGCUUCGAAGCAUCCCGUGGUGGUUGUUUUGAUUCUUUUUACGAUUUGGUUUUAUCGAUCAUUCCCUCUGCUGUUUUCUCUUUUGGUUUAUGCUUCUCCUAUUCUCGUAUCCACUGCUGUUCUGCUUGGAACUCUGUUACUUUUUGGUCAUCAAAAUGCAUCCAAAAUCCGAAAAGAAGGAAAACAACAACAACAACAACAUCAUCAUCAUCAUCAUCAUCAUCAGAUCCACAAUCUGCGAGUUAGGGCUAUCGAAGAUACUGGAAUUGGUGGGAAAGGUGUAAGAAGUGAAGCGCGAGAAAAUGCUAUUGGGAAGAAAAAUUCUGAUGUUAGUAACGUGAAUCUUACUGAUGAUCAUCCUAGGGUACAAAUUAUUAAACGAAGAAACUCAAUUGAUAACAGUGUAUUAAUGGCUUAUAAGAAGUUAAAAGAAGAAGCAAAGAAUGAAGUGUGCAAUCACAAUCAAAAGAUCGAUUUGAGUGGAGAGAAAAUUAUGUUUGUAAACCGUUGUGCUCAGUUUCAGCCUCCACAUGCCAACAAUACAGAGGAUCAUAAACGAUGGGAGACAGGAUCUCAGCAUUCUGAAAGCUCAUUCCCAACUGCUUCCAUGGUUGGUGCCCUUCCAUCGGUUCAUGAUCUUCCUCCACUUCUGCAACCACAAGUUACUCAAAAUAAUCACAUGUUGCAUGUUCAUAGAAGCGAACCACAAGUUCCUCAUCAUCAUGCUCAGACAUUGCAUGCUCACAGAAGCGAAUCAGAAGUUCCUCAUCAUGCUCACACGUUGCAUGUUCAUAGAAGCGAACCAGAAGUUCCUCAUCAUGCUCACAUGUUGCAUGCUCAUAGAAAUGAACCAGAAGUUCCUCAUCAUCAUGCCCAGACAUUGCAUGUUCAUAGAAACGAACCAGAAGCUCCUCAUCAUCAUGCCCAGACAUUGCAUGCUCAUAGAAAUGAAGCAGAAGUUCCUCACCAUGCUCAAAUGUCGAAUGUUAACGCAUAUGCUGCUUCCAAUCAUUCUCUUGAAUCAGAUGAUCAUGAUGACGAUGAUGAAGAAGAAGCACGUACAUGGACAGAAGAUGACCAAAAGAAUCUGAGAAAUUUGGGAAAAUCAGAAAUAGAGAGAAACCAACACAUGGAGAAUCUUGUCGCUAGGCAAAAAGCAAUAAGAAACAUGAGGAUUCAAGCUGAGGAGAAUUUGGUGAACAUAAAUCUUGAUAUUUCUUAUAGUUCCACUCCCAUUGCAUCAACAAGAAGGAACUCCAAUGCAUCUACAAGAAGGAAUUCAAUGGAUGUUCCUUACGAUUUCAAUGAAACUGUUGUGGAGUCCACUCCCUCGGAUAUGAUGCCAAGAACAAACACUUAUGAUCUUCCAUACGACUCAAGUGGGCCCACUUUUCAAUCAGAUGCUUUAUCCUUCCAACCAAACCAUGAGGGAGGGGGAUCCAGGCAAAACGAGGGUUAUUAUACUUUUGGGGCAAGUGAGAAUGUUAGUCAAAGAAGCCGAUCUUCUGAUGACGACGACAUGGUGAAGGUCCAUCAUGUUACAAGAGAUGGCAGAGUUUAUGAGUUUAAAGCAAGUGUUAAUGGGGGUGAGACACGAAAAGAAAAAAGUAAUUUUGAAUCCAGCCAUCGCCAUGAGAGUUCUGAUGUGGCUUCUUCAACUUUAGGGUGGCACGUACACAAUGAUGAGGUUAAAACAAGCGAUGUGGGUGAGAAAGGUUAUCAAGGGAAAAGUAGCAGUGAAUCAAGUUCGUCAUCAUCAUCGUUUUCUGAUGUAAGUGAUCACUUAGAUGAUGAGGAAGAAGAAUACGAUUAUAGAUCUGCAGUCAUGCCAUCAACACCAGAGAGACAGAUCCAAGAGCAACAACGGAAGAAUAUUCAACAAAGCCCUAAAUUGGAGCAUGGGGACGGGAGGGUGCCCCAAAGGCCGCCUAAGGGUCUAACCUCAUGGUUUGGAUGGAAGCCAUGAGAGUCACCCAUGGCAAAGCUUUUCUAGAGUAAGUUUUUAUAAUAUUGAUUUUGUAUUUUUCAUUCUUGUGAAUUAACCAAAUCGCUAAAAUUAAAUUUUGUAACAUUUAUUAUUCAAAUUUGUGCAUGACAAGCUACAUAUAUAGGAUUUUAUUUGUUGUAAACAAACCAUUGUCUUCGUUAAGUACAUUUGGUAAGAUGAGAUAUUUUAG